AUGUCUAAGCUAAUUGUAGUUGUGGGAGUCACUGGUAUUCAGGGGGGGUCUGUUGCCCGCACUUUCCACCAACUCCCAGAAUGGCAUGUCCGCGGCAUCACACGCAACCCCUCGGGCGAGCCUGCCCAAGCCCUGGCAGCAGAGGGUAUUGAAAUCGUGCAGGGCGACUUGGACAAUGAACAGUCCCUCGUCCGAGCCUUCGAUGGCGCCGCGGCCAUCUUCUCAAACACCGACUUCUUCACCCACCUCUUCCACGCCAUGGACCCAGCCAACCUGCCCGCCGGGCGCACGGCCAAUCAAUACGCGUACGACCGCGAGGUCGAGCAGGGUAUGAACAUCGCCGCGGCGGCGGCCGACCCAGCGGUGCUCAAGACGCUCGAGCGCUUCGUCAUGUCGAACCUCAGCAACGCAAGCAAGUGGAGCGGCGGCAAGUACACGACCGUGUACCACUUCGACUCCAAGGCCGAGAUGAUCCGGCUCACGAGGGAGCGACAACCCGAGGUGGCGGCACGCAUGAGCACCCUCCAGAUGGGGCACUACGUGACCAACUGGAAGGCAUUCGCGGGACUAGCGCCGCAGAAGCAGGCGGACGGCAGCUUCGUCAUGUCCAGGGCGACGUCGCCGGACUUCAGGAUGCCGCACGUGGUCGCGCACCGCGACACGGGACCGUUCGUCAAGGCGCUGGUAGACCUGCCGCCGGGGAAGGACCUCCUGGCCGUAUCGGAGUGGAUGACCUUUCCAGAAUGGAUGGAGGUGUGGGGCCGUGUGCUGGGGGUGAAAGCUCGAUAUCAGCAGAUAUCGCAGGAGGAGAUGUUUAAGAGCGUUCCUACGGCCCUGGCAGAGGAGAUCAGGGACGGCUUCGACUAUAUCGAGGAGUUUGGAUUUGAUGGCGGAGACCCGGACGUGUUAAGGCCAGAGCAGCUCGAUUUCAAAAUCCCCUUGACGUCCAUGGAGGAAUACAUUAAAAGCGAGGACUGGUCGUCUAUUAUGACAGCUUAA